GGAGGGGCGGGGCCCUCCCCCUUGCCGGAAGCGGCUUCCGCUUCCGUGCGGCACUUCCGGUUCCCGGCGCGCGCCUCUCCGGUGCCGCGCGGCUGGCGGGACGGGCGGCGCCAUGGCGGGAAUCAAAGCGCUGAUCAGCCUGUCCUUUGGGGGAGCGGUCGGACUGAUGUUCUUGAUGCUCGGAUGCGCCCUGCCCCAAUACAACCAGUACUGGCCACUGUUUGUUCUGUUUUUUUACAUCCUUUCUCCUAUCCCAUACUGCAUAGCAAGAAGAUUGGUAGAUGACACGGAUGCUACAAGUAACGCCUGCAAGGAGCUGGCAAUAUUCCUUACAACAGGCAUUGUGGUCUCAGCAUUUGGGCUGCCUAUAGUGUUUGCAAGAGCAGAACUGAUUUACUGGGGCGCAUGUGCACUCGUCCUUACCGGGAAUACAGUCAUCUUUGCCACAAUCCUAGGAUUUUUCUUGGUCUUCGGCAGCAAUGACGACUUCAGCUGGCAGCAGUGGUGAAAGGAAGAUAAGAACUAUCCACAGGCAUCUUGUCAUGCAGUGGCCAUCCAUACAAAUGAGAGAAUGGGCAAUAAAGAGAAGUAGCGUAGCAAGCCUCUUGAGUAUUCUAGAUGCUCCUUUUGACGUUGUUCGUUCUGAGUGUACUACUGUUGCUGACAGGGUUUCUACAUUUUUAUGAAGUGGAGAGAUGAUUGAUUUCAUUUUUACGUAUGGUAUGUUUUUAGGUGCUCUCUUGGUUUAAAAAUUGUCAUCUUUCUGUCCAGUAUUUUAUGUGAAGCUUUAAACCAGGAACAACAUUUAAACAUAGUUUCAAAGAUUAAAAGUUAGGGAGUUUUGGUGGGGUUUUUCUUUGUUGGUGGGGUUGUUUUUGUUUUUUAAGUUAAGCAUUAAUACUGUGUUUCAAUUUUUUUUUAAUAUCAGGAUUAAAUUAUAUACAAGCUAAAUGGAUGUAUGAGAUUGUCCACCACCAUUGCCAAUUGCCAGAUGAAUAGAUUGUUACUAUAUUUUAGCAGAGGCAAGGUGGGUUGGAGAGUACUGGUUGCAGAUUUUAUUCUGCCCAUACCUCAGACUGGGUGAUGAAUGUUGAUAGCCUUCAUUUCAGAAGAAGGCUGAGGAGCAGGUAGAGUUAUUUGAGAGAAAAAGUCCUAAAUUUUAACAUCACUGGGUCUGUUACCUGCUUUGUUACCAAUUCUGUCGAUGUGACAUUCAAAUACUCUGUAAACGUAUUUAUGCUGACAUACAAAACUGAAGUGUAUUGUAGGGAAAGAGAAAAUGCUGUUUAAAAUCCAUUUUUAAAAAAAGUAUCUUUUGAACUGUUUCUAUUUAUAAGUAUUGUAUGGUUUUGGACUUUUAUGUCAACUUUUUACCACAAAGAUGGUAAAAUGUUAAUUUGUGGAACUACUGGUCUGUGUUAAUUUGAAGCAUAUACAAAGCUAUUUCCUCCUCCCCCUUUUUAAUUUAUUUUAUACAUAGCAUAUAUAUAAAAAUAUAUAAUAAAACAGCUUUUAAAAUGUAGAUUAAAACUUUGUUUUAACUUACCUAAGAAUGAGUUUCUCCCCCUCUUUUUUUUCUUUCUUUUCCCCCUCAAUGCAGCUGAGGCAUGACUUUUUUGGAAGUCACUGGCUGAACUGAUUUCACUGACUGUUUUUAAGUUCUUAUGCACUAUUGGUUAAUAAGAUUUACUGUUAUGUCUGUAACUGUAGCUUGUGUUCUGUAAGAUUGCACAUGUAGCUUCAAGUAUUUAAGACAAGUUUUCUGCAUACCUCUCAAUUGUCCGGAUUUUUCAUUUGAAGAAGUCUGCCCUCAGACAUUCCCUCACAACACAGUUGAUGAGUACCACUUGAUCAGGUUUGUCUGUACCACGUGCGGUGAUGACCUUGACCAAACUUACUUCUAAACUGCAUUUUUCAAUUCUUUAGAAAUAAGUCUAUGAAACUUAACCAUGCAUAAUUGAAAGCUGAAAACUGCUUAGGCUUUGCUCAACUGUAUGAAAAGGCACAGAACUGCAGGUCUUGGCUGUAGUAUUUGUGCGUGGAUGCAAACAAAGUAUAAAGUUUGCAUAUAUAUAUAUAUAUCUGUUCAUAAAUGAAUAUGAAUAUAUACAAAGUCUGACAGUAAUGGUGUGUGUUCUGGUGUGAACUGGUACUGGCAGGUGGAGGCAGCUGGGGUGUAGGUACCUCCACUGGGACCUCCACACUCUGCUUUGUUCAUGUCCUGUGUGUGGAACAGAGGGACAAGCCAGUGCCAAGGCUCCAGUGCAGAAGCCAGUCCAGAGCAGACUAUUUCACACAUAAUCAAGUGCUGUCUGUGAUGGUGGUGCUUGGAGCUGCACAAGGGCUUUAGGAUCACGCGUUCCUUUCCCUUUUUUGGCAAGAUUUCUGUGCCCAUACCCUCAGUAUAAUGGAGGCUUCAGAAAAUCUUCCAAACCAGUGGCUAAAGUUGCAGUCUUCUGCAGUCCUUACGAAGGAGGAAUGCCUAGGAGUUGUACAAAUAUGAGUCUGUUACCUAUUACUUCUUCAUGGUCAGGAAUGGUUUUCUCCUUCAUUCCUGAAGCCACGUGACGCUACUCUCUGGAUCACUGGUCGUGGAGCUGACUGUGUAUGUAUUGGUGGUGCAUUUUUGGUUUGUUAACUGCAUUUCAGCACUCCCUCCUUGCUUGCACACCAAGUACAUGCAGUAUUGCUCUGAUGAGCGGGACACUGGAGAGGUAUGAUCCUUCCAUAUAAUAUGCACUGAGAUUGUGUUACCAUCCUUCUAGAGGGAAAAACUUUGAGUGAUACAAAUUUUAAAUAGCAAUCUUGAGUUCUGUAUGUUUAAUCAAAAAUACUCUAAUAAAAAGAGUAUUUUGUUUAAAGUA